CUUCAUCCAUCUGUUUACAAAAGGCUCUACGUGGUCGCCCUUCUCUUCUUGUUUUAUUCUAUCCUCUCACUUUAAACUUAUUCAAGAUGCCUUUCGCUCCUGGUGACGCUUCUAAGGGUGCUUCCCUCUUCAAGACCCGCUGCGCUCAGUGCCACACUCUCGGCAACGGCGAGCCUCACAAGGUCGGCCCCAACCUCUUCGGCAUCUUCGGCCGCAAGUCUGGUACCGGUGAGGGCUACUCCUACACCGCUGCCAACAUCAACAAGGGCGUGACAUGGACGGAGGAGACCAUGUGGGAGUACCUUGAGAACCCCAAGAAGUACAUUCCUGGCACCAAGAUGGCCUUCGCUGGUCUCAAGAAGGAGAAGGACAGGAACGACCUCGUUACCUACCUCAAGGAGGCUACUUCAUAAAAGUAUUCUUCAUGAAAUACGCCCCUGCUAUCUAUUCCUACCUUAAACCUCCAUGUUGCAUUAAUAGCCUAGUCUUGGACUGAAGUACCCCGGUUCUUCGGUCGUGAUAACGCAACGACGCUUGUGUACCCUGCAUACGCAUUUGCAUAGACACUUUGGACUGGACGUUCUUUACAUCCCAGCUCACUGAAUAGGCUACAUUAGAACGACCCUCGAGUGAAUACGCCUUGGUAUCGCUCUCUGACUCUGAGCGAUUUUGUUGUCC